CCAACACAAAAUUCAACCAAUUCUCGCCGGGAAGCCUCCAUUUAUCCGGCGAAUUUCCGACGAUCAACCCGCAAUAAAACUGUUUUUACUCUUCAGUUUUUUUUUUUUUUAAUUCACAGAUUCUAUCAAAUCUCGCCGGGAAACUUUCGUUCUCCGGCAACACCGCUUCUAUAUCACAACUUUUAACGGUUAAUCGGUGAGAUAACCGUUUUUAUCGUUCAGAUCUUUGUGAAUUCACAGAUUCGUUGAAGAUUUCGUCGGAAACUUUCAUUUCUCCGGCCACACAGCUUCUGUAUCACAACUUUUAACGAUUCGUUGAAGAUUUCGCCGGAAAACUUUCAGAUCUGUGUGAAUUUACAGAUUCGUUGAAGAUUUCGCCGGAAAAUUUUCAUUAACGCUUCUAAUUUACAACUUCCGACGGUAAUUCGGUGAUAUAACCGUUUUUAUUCUUCAGAUCUUUGUGAAUUUCGUUCGAAGAUGGCUCAGAGGACAGAAAAAGAAGAAACAGAGUUCAAAUCUGUACCGGAAACCCUAACUCCAUGCGUAAACAACUGCGGCGUCGUCGGAGCUCCGGCGACGAACAAUAUGUGUCAAAAGUGCUUCAACGCCACCACAGCCGCCAGUUCCACGGCGGCGCAACGUCCUCGGUCUAGAUCUGGCUCUCGUAGGUCUCCGGCGAGGUCAACGGUAACGCUAACGUCACGCGAUGAAUCCAUGACGGUAGAUCGGACGGUUGUGAAGAUAGAUAAGGAAGUGAAAGUUGUUAAUCGGUGCUCAGGUUGCCGAAAAAGAGUUGGUUUGACCGGGUUCCGCUGCCGGUGCGGCGAUAUGUUCUGCGGUGAGCACCGGUAUUCCGACAGGCAUGACUGCAGUUACGAUUACAAAAGCGCCGGUCGUGAGGCGAUUGCUAGAGAAAAUCCAGUAGUGAAAGCUGCGAAAAUUGUUAGGAUUUGAAUUGGAUUAUUAUUUUUUGUUAUAAAUAUCCUCCGCAUGUGUUCGAAGAACUUGAAAUUGUAGGAGAUUAGUUAUUAUGAAUGUUUGAUCUUGAUUGAAGUGUUUGUUGUAUGAUUUUUCAUCGAUUGAUUAUUGAAUGAAAUUAGCAAACGUGUUGUUGUUGAA